AUGGCGGAAUCGAAUACGCUGUCACAAGGCGUACAAGGCGUUCUGCAACUCCCGAUCCAGUCGCCGAACCUCGCCCUCUUUCCCACCUACCUCUCCGGCUUCGCGAGCGACAGACAUCGGCUAUGCGGUAAUGCAGAGGKCUGGGGACCUCUGAGUCCAUGGCGAUACGAUUUCACGCCCUGUUUCCUCGACAUAUGGGUCGUGGUGGUUUCCGUCUGGGGUAUUCUAGGAGGGCUUGGUGCAAUAUGGUGGCUCUACAGGAAGACUUCGUCACAACCUGUACCUAAGAACUGGCAUUUCUACACAAAGAUCUCCGUCAUUGGACUCCUUGCAGCUUCGACGCUUGCCCAGGCGGGAUUACAAAUUGAUCGUUUCUCUGGCUUCUGGUAUAGGGAUUUCCGAUUUUGGACCACGGUGUUGAAUGUUGUCAGCUUCGUGGUGAUUGGAUUCGUACAAUGGAAGGAACACUCUCGGAUGCGACAUCCCCACGCCGUCGUGCUGUUCUACUGGCUUUUCCUCUUGAUUGCGUACGCUGUCAAGUUGCGCAGUCUGGUUUCGCAAGAGAUGUUCAGAUGGCAUGUCGCAUACUUCAGUAUCUUCACUGCGAACGUGGGACUGGCUGCAUUGGAAUUGAUAUUGGAGUGGCUUGUGCCGAAGAAGGUGUCUUUGUACGAUGCCUUGGGCGACGAUGAUGAAUGCCCGCUUGAGUAUGCCAACAUAUUCUCCAAGCUCACCUUCUCAUGGAUGACUCCCAUGAUGAAAUUCGGAUACAGAGAAUUCUUGACCCAGGACGACUUGUGGAAUCUCGCCAAGCGUGAUACGACCAGGACUACCGCUGGGGAUUUCGAGGCGGCGUGGGAACGUGAACUCGAGAGGAAGAAGAAGCCAAGCUUGUGGAUUGCAAUGUUCAGCGCGUUCGGUGGGCCAUACUUCAGCGGAGCUGUCAUCAAAACACUGUCAGAUUGUCUGCAAUUCAUUCAACCACAGCUGCUUCGUUAUCUCAUCGCUUUCGUGCGCUCUUACGGUCCUGGAAAUGUCCCGGAGCCGCCCAUCAAAGGAGCUGCGAUUGCACUCGCCAUGUUUGUAACCUCCGUUGCUCAAACCGCCGCGCUGCAUCAAUACUUCCAGCGCUCGUUUGAAGUUGGAAUGCGAGUCAAAGCUGCGUUGACAGCGACCAUUUACUCAAAGAGUAUGCGUCUGAGUAACGAGGGUCGAGCAUCUAAGAGUACUGGCGACAUCGUCAACUACAUGGCUGUCGAUACACAAAGGCUUCAGGAUCUCGCACAGUACGGCCAGCAACUUUGGUCCGCUCCGCUGCAAAUCACGCUGUGUAUGAUCUCGCUUUAUCAAUUGGUUGGUGUCAGCAUGUUCGCCGGAGUUGGUGUCAUGUUAAUUAUGAUUCCAAUCAACGGGUUCAUUGCGAGGAUUUCUAAGAAACUUCAAAAGAGGCAGAUGAAGAACAAAGAUGCUCGUACCCGCCUCAUGACAGAGAUUCUCAACAACAUGAAGUCCAUCAAGUUGUACGCCUGGUCUCAGGCUUUUGCAAAGAAGCUUAACGUCAUCCGAAACGACCAGGAACUUCAUACACUCCGCAAGAUUGGUGCUGUCACGGCAGUCUCUACAUUCACCUGGAACACCACCCCAUUUCUCGUCUCUUGCUCAACUUUCGCGGUGUUCGUUGCCACCAACGAAAAGACCUUGUCUACAGACAUUGUCUUUCCUGCGCUCACUUUGUUCAAUAUGCUCGGAUUUCCACUUGCUAUCCUCCCAAUGGUCAUCACUGCCAUCAUUGAGGCCAGUGUUGCCGUGGGCCGUCUGACAGACUUCUUCACAGCACCGGAGCUUCAAGAAGACGCUGUUCUGCGCGGAGACAGCGUUGAGGCUGGAGAGGAGUCAAUCAGGAUUCGAGAUGCAACAUUCACCUGGAAUCAAGAGGACGAACGAAAUGUCCUGCGGGACAUCAACUUCAGCGCCCACAAGGGCGAGCUAUCUUGCGUUGUGGGUCGCGUCGGGGCCGGCAAAUCGAGCCUUCUUCAGACAAUGCUGGGUGACCUUUACAAGCUCAGAGGCGAGGUCGUAGUUCGAGGUACUGUGGCAUACGUCGCACAAAGCCCUUGGGUGAUGAACGCGUCUGUGCGGGAGAACAUUGUGUUCGGCCACCGCUGGGAUCCCGCUUUCUACGAACGCACGAUCCACGGAUGUGCGCUCACUGAAGACUUUGCUAGCCUGCCCGAUGGUGAUCAGACAGAGGUGGGUGAGCGUGGUAUCUCUUUGUCUGGUGGUCAAAAGGCUCGCCUAACGCUAGCUCGUGCGGUGUACGCCCGCGCCGACAUCUACCUAUUGGAUGAUGUCUUGAGUGCAGUGGACCAGCAUGUCGGUAGACACAUCAUUGAUAACGUGCUCGGGCCCAAGGGUCUAUUGGCCAGCAAGACGCGUGUCUUGGCUACAAACUCGAUCCCUAUUCUUCUGGAAGCGCACUUCAUUGCGCUACUGAGAGACAACAAGAUCAUAGAAAGGGGCACUUACGAGCAGCUCAUGGCCAUGAAAGGUGAGAUCGCGCAGCUGAUUAAGACUGCAAGCAACGAGGAGUCAGCGGAUACCAGCAAAGACGUGCCCGACAGUCCGUACUCGGAAAGCACAGCAUUUGCACCAGACAGCCCCGAGGAUGAGGAUGAGGAGGAUGAGGCUGGCGACGAGCUUGCGGUAAUGGCACCCAUCCGUCCAGGUGGAGGCGCACCGGCGCGCAAGUCGAGCAACAUGACUCUCCGGAGAGCCAGCACAGCCUCGUUCCGGGGACCGCGAGGCAAAAUGACCGACGAAGAAGAGAACAAGACCAACAUGAAGUCCAGCCAGAAGAAGGAGUUCUCCGAGCAGGGCAAAGUCAAAUGGGACGUCUACAAGGAAUAUGCCAGCACGUCCAACCUUCUUGCCGUCGCAAUUUAUCUGGUCACUUUGAUCGGCGCCAAAACCGCUGAAAUUGGGGGCUCCGUCUGGCUCAAGAAUUGGUCCGAGACCAACGAUCUCGCCGGAGGCAAUCCUCAUGUGGUCCGCUACAUCUUGAUUUACUUUGCUUUCGGCAUUGGGUCAGCUUUCCUGGUCGUUGUCCAGACUCUCAUUCUGUGGAUUUUCUGCAGCAUCGAAGCAAGUCGCAAAUUGCAUGAGCGUAUGGCCCAUGCAAUCUUCCGAAGCCCUAUGAGCUUCUUUGAGACAACGCCCACGGGACGCAUUUUGAACCGGUUCUCCAGUGAUAUUUACAGAAUCGACGAAGUGCUAGCGCGGACCUUCAACAUGCUGUUCGUCAAUGCAGCAAAGGCCAUGUUCACGCUGGUUGUCAUUUCGGCUGGGACUCCCAUCUUCGUCGCGUUGAUCGUUCCACUCGGUGCGCUUUACCUGUACAUUCAGCGGUACUAUUUGAGAACCUCACGCGAGCUGAAGCGUCUCGWCAGUAUCAGCCGAAGUCCCAUUUAUGCACACUUCCAAGAAUCGCUCAGCGGAAUCAGCACAAUUCGUGCUUACCGCCAGACCAAACGGUUCGCCAUGGAGAGUGAAUGGCGUGUCGAUGCUAAUCUUCGUGCCUUCUUUCCUUCAAUCAGCGCAAACAGAUGGCUGGCCGUUCGCCUAGAAUUCAUUGGCUCUAUCAUUAUUUUCGCUGCAGCUGGUUUUGCGAUCAUUGCCGUCACAACAGGAAGUAAGCUGUCGUCAGGAAUGAUCGGUCUCGCAAUGAGCUAUGCAUUGCAGAUCACACAGUCACUGAACUGGAUCGUCCGGCAAACGGUGGAAGUCGAAACAAACAUUGUGUCGGUGGAGCGUGUUCUUGAGUAUGCUCGUCUACCGAGUGAAGCACCGGAGGUGAUUUCCAAGAAUAGGCCACCAAACAGCUGGCCCUCCAAGGGCGCGGUGUCGUUCAACAACUACAGCACACGAUAUCGUCCAGGUCUUGACUUGGUGUUGAAGAACAUCAACCUCAGCAUCAAGUCGCAUGAGAAGAUUGGAGUCGUUGGCCGCACCGGAGCCGGAAAGAGCUCCCUCACACUGGCCCUGUAUCGAAUCAUUGAGGCGGCUGGAGGCGACAUUUCAAUCGACAACCUCAACACGGGCACGAUCGGACUCCUCGACCUUCGUGGACGGUUGGCUAUCAUUCCUCAAGACGCAGCUCUCUUUGAGGGCAGUGUCAGAGACAAUCUGGACCCAGGCCACAUCCACGAUGACACGGAACUGUGGAGUGUGUUGGAUCACGCUCGACUCCGUGACCACGUAGCUGCAAUGAACGGCCAGCUGGAAGCUCAAAUCCAUGAAGGAGGUUCGAACCUGAGCCAGGGGCAACGGCAGCUUGUUUCGCUCGCGCGGGCCCUGUUGACUCCCAGCAAUAUCCUUGUGUUGGACGAAGCCACCGCUGCCGUUGAUGUAGAAACAGAUGCCAUGCUCCAAACCACCCUACGUAGCAACAUGUUCAAGGAUCGCACGAUCAUCACCAUUGCGCAUCGCAUCAACACCAUCCUCGACAGUGAUCGCAUUGUGGUAUUGGACCAUGGUACUAUCAAGGAAUUUGACACGCCUGCGAACUUGAUCAAAAGCAAGGGACUGUUUUAUGAACUUGUCAAGGAGUCGGGAUUGCUCGGCUCUAGUGUGGAUAGCUCUGGUGCCAUCUUGUAG